GCAGCGUCUCAGAGGCAUGAAUAAUUAGGUAGGCAUAAUGGAAGGCACUCACUGCACCCUCCAAUUGCAGGCGCCCAUUACCGAACUUUGCUACAUCAGCUUCUAUCUUCCGAAGGGAGAAGUCCGAGGAUUUUCAUACAAGGGCACUGUAACUCUAGACAAAUCCAAUAAAGGUUUUCAUAGCUGCUACCAAGUCAGGGAGGGGUCGGACAUCAGCAGCCUCAACUUGCAGCCCACGGAACACCCGGGCGACAUCUUCUUCAAGCAAACUCCCACCAAAGACAUUCUCACCGAGCUGUACAAACUCACAGCUGAGAGGGAGCGGCUGCUGGCCAGUCUGCUGAGCUCUGACCACAUCCUGAGCAUCACGAUGGGGAACCAGGAGGGGAAACUGCCUGAGCUGUCAGUGAGCCUGGCCCCGGAGGACGACUCUUUCUCCAGUGCUGGAGACUGGCAGGGCGAGCCCCCGGUGGGCUGUCUCAACAAGAGGAGGGCCCAUGGCAACAAAAAGCUCCGGAGGUUUGGUGGAAGGAGAGAGAACACGGAGGAGCUGCUGCAGCCGCAGAGGACAAGAAGAAAACAGCGUGAGAGACAGGACUCAGCAUCUCAGCCGGGGAAGGUGCAGAUUUGCUCCAGCAACUCCCUGCCCCUUUCCUCAGCAAGGCCAGAUCUGAGGCUCCUAGAAGAGAGAAGCAAUUUGCUCCCCAAUGGGGUGCUUAUCUCUUCCCCACUGAGGAAAGAGAGCUGUCCCCUAGACACGGACAGGAUGCUGGACGUCACCCCUGGCCGUGGGGGCUUCAGGAUGACUUCUGAGGAAGCAGAUCUCAGGCUAGAGCCGUCUUUUGACUGCAGUGAGGUGGACCCCAGAGAGGGUGGUGCUGAAGAACUGCAGAGAGCACCUCCCCGGGAGGCCAGUUUAUCUACCAGGCACAAGGACCCUUCGAAGCAGCCUCCCGAGGCAGAGAAGGGACGGAGAGAGAAAUGCACGCAGCGAACUUGCAGGAAGAAGCCUGUCUCCAAAGUGGUGGCCAAAGUCCAGAAUCUGCCCACUCAGGUGCACAGGGUCGUUAAAGCGCAUUCUGAGGGUGACGGGGGCAUUGCCUUUCGCCAGGCAGCCCAAGCCGAGUUUAUCCCCCGAGCAGACUUUCUCACCCUCCCAGACGCAGAGACUGGCACCCAGCAUUCUGCCCCCGGGAUCAAGGAGCAGCAGCAAGGGGAUGAGUCAUCGCUGCCAGCGGCCAGAGAACAGACCCUUGCCAGCGCCGAAGCAGCUGUGAACAAGGUGCUCCGGAAGGUGAUAGAGAGUGAGAAGUUAGAUGAAGCCACCGAAGGGAAAAGGCUGGGCUUCCCUGUCAAAAGCCUCACGCUCCCAGGCCCCAGAAGCAAGAGGAUAGCGGGGCUGCCUCAGGGAGUCUGCGCCACCUUGCUCUUGGAGCGACCCGGCAGCCGAGGCUCCCACUUCCCACAGCCACAGCCGGGAGGUGAUGAGGACCGGCAGUCGUCAUCCCCCCCAGAGGUGGCAGCGUUCAGCGUGGCAUUUAAUAAUUCAUCCUCCCAGUUCGGAGCACACAAACGCAUGCCACCUGUUCCCUUGCCGCUCUCCGCGGGGCUCCUGGGUCCCCCAGAGCAUCGCAGGAGCCUCCAGCUCCCACCUCUGCUUGGUGAGGGCGAAGCCUCUCCCGAUGACUUUGCUAGUGGAAAGAGAAGUGCUGUGUUCGGGACCUCAUCAGCCGACACCUUGGAGCCACCAUCCUCCGCGAGGGUCACGGAGACCGAAGGGGCCAGCUCGUCCUCCCUCCAAGCAGGCCAACCUCAGCUGGUGCCUGGGGAAUCCUUGGGCCAGAGUUUGGGGCCUGGGAAGACCACAGCUCGGCCCCAGUACCAGUCACCUCCAGGCAUUUCUUCUGAGGGAUUUCCCCGGGAGUACUUCAGUGAACAGGCAGUGACCAAAGACCUCUCCAAUAGGGAUGGAAGUGCCUGGGUUCUGGGCUACAGAGCAGGGGCAACUUAUCCAUUUCUGCUCCAUGAGGAGAGAGAGAAACCAAACAGAAGUGAACUGUACUUGGAUCUCCAUCAGCCUGACCACAGCCCCACUGAGCAGGAUGACAGGACUCCUGGUAGACUCCAAGCUGUCUGGCCACCCCCAAAGACAAAAGACACAGAAGAAAAAGUGGGAUUGAAAUACACAGAAGCAGAAUAUCAAGCUGCCAUUUUACACUUGAAGAGGAAACACAAAGAAGACAUUGAAAGCCUGCAGGCUCAGUUUGAACUAAAGACCUUUCACAUCCGAGGGGAGCAUGCAGAGAUAACAGCAAGACUAGAAGAAAAAAUUGAACAUCUCAAAUAUGAAAUUGAACAUCGAUGGCGCGGAGGGUGUGAAGUGAUGAGAGACGCAUGCAUCUCCACCGUUGAUGACUGCCUUCCUAAGGUCUACAGAAAUGUGUGCAUCCAGACAGACAGAGAGACUUUCCUCAAACCCUGUGAAAGUGAAAACAAGACAACUAGAAGUAAUCAAAUAAUACCCAAGAAGCUGAAUAUCUCUUCUUUAAGCCAGCUCUCUCCCCCCAGUGAUAAUCAAGAUACCCAUGUACCAUUUCCUGCUGCAGAAGAUAGCUCUUCAAGUCAACAGAAAGCCUCAUCUCCCCCUCCUGCACCACCUCUCCCAGCAGCAAUUCCUCCCCCACCUCCUCCCCUUCCUGGACUUGAACCUUUGCCACCGGCACCACCACCACCACCACCACCACCACCACCAUCCAUGUGUACUGUACCACCACCACCACCUCCACCACCACCAUUGCCUCUAAGUAAUGGGCCUCUGCCGCCUCCUCCCCCUCCACCUCUUCCCAGUUCUCCUGCUCUGCCCAACAGUGAAGGACCUCCUCCUGCUCCAACACCUCCAGGACUUGUGCCCCCACCCCCUCCUGGACUCUUCUUUGGAGCUGGCUCUUCUGCUAGCCAGUGUCCUCGGAAGCCGGCCAUUGAGCCCAGUUGUCCCAUGAAGCCUUUGUAUUGGACUAGAAUACAAAUAAGUGAUAAGAGCCAAAAUACUGCACCAACCUUAUGGGAUUCCCUAGAAGAACCUGAUAUCCGGGAUACCAGUGAAUUUGAGUAUUUAUUCUCCAAAGAUACAACUCAGCAGAAGAAAAAACCUCUAUCAGAGUCCUAUGAGAAAAAAAACAAGGUCAAAAAGAUCAUCAAGUUACUGGAUGGAAAAAGAUCUCAAACUGUUGGCAUCUUGAUAUCCAGUUUGCAUUUAGAAAUGAAGGAUAUCCAGCAAGCCAUUUUCAAUGUGGACGACUCUGUGGUUGAUCUGGAGACCCUGGCGGCCUUAUAUGAAAAUAGAGCCCAGGAGGAUGAACUGGUUAAAAUAAGAAAGUAUUACGAGAUGUCCAAAGAAGAAGAAUUGAAGCUGUUGGAUAAACCUGAGCAAUUUUUACAUGAGUUGGCCCAGAUCCCUAAUUUUGCAGAGCGUGCCCAGUGCAUAAUCUUCAGAUCUGUCUUUUCAGAGGGAAUGACUUCCUUGCACCGAAAAGUAGAGAUCAUCACUCGAGCAUCUAAGGGCUUGCUGCACAUGAAGAGUGUGAAGGAUAUUUUAGCUCUCAUUCUGGCUUUUGGAAAUUAUAUGAAUGGAGGAAAUAGAACUCGGGGACAAGCAGAUGGAUAUAGUUUAGAAAUUCUGCCCAAGCUCAAGGACGUCAAAAGUCGGGACAAUGGGAUUAAUCUGGUGGACUAUGUUGUGAAAUAUUACCUGCGCUAUUAUGAUCAGGAAGCAGGGACAGAGAAAAGUGUUUUCCCCCUGCCUGAACCACAGGAUUUCUUUCUGGCCUCCCAAGUCAAAUUUGAAGACCUCAUGAAAGAUUUGCAAAAACUGAAGAGGCAACUAGAAGCAAGUGAGAAACAGAUGACAGUGGUGUGCAAGGGGUCACCAAAGGAGUACCUCCAGCCUUUCAAGGACAAGCUGGAGGAGUUCUUUCAGAAAGCCAAAAAUGAACAUAAAAUGGAAGUGAGUCACUUGGAGAAUGCGCAGAGAAGUUUUGAAACAACAGUCAAGUACUUUGGGAUGAAACCAAAGUCUGGAGAGAAAGAUAUCACCCCCAAUUAUGUGUUUAUGGUGUGGUACGAGUUCUGCAGUGACUUCAAGACAAUUUGGAAACGGGAGAGUAAAAACGUAUCUAAAGAAAGACUGAAGAUGGCUCAGGAAUCAGUCAGCAAGUUGACUUCAGAGAAGAAAGUGGAGACCAAGAAAAUCAACCCCACAGCUAGUCUGAAAGAAAGACUGCGUCAGAAGGAAGCCAGUGUGACUACCAACUAAAACAGUCUGAAAAUGACGACAGCAGAGCUAGCACCUUGCAUGAUCCUUUGCAACUCCAAUACUGCAGGAAGUUCUUGAUGUUUGUUCAGCUCGUCUCUCUCUGAAGUUAUCUGCACUGAGCACCCCUUGCCUUCCUAACAUGUCCUUUAUAAAGCCACACA